AUGGACGAGGUUAUCCGUUUCCGUCAGGAACUGCAGCGAGCCCAAGCGUCUACGCCCAGACUUGUCGGCGGAAACGGCGCGCCUAAUUCUAACGGGCUCACUCCCUCCGGUGGCGCCAUUGGCGGCCGCGGAUACGCGGAACCUCCGCGGACGCCGCCGGGACUCGCAGUUGGCUUGCGAGGCGGCGGCGCGAAUGCGCUACUGAGCGGUGCCACGCGGACGGUCAAGAUUUCCCGAUCGCAGUCGCUGCAACCCAAGGCGGGCGCGAUGGGGGCGUUUCUGCGCGCGCUGAAAGAGACGGAGGGUGCGGAAGGCGAGGGGAAGGGGGGAAGCGGAGAAGGGGGAGGCGGCGGAAAGGGCUUUGGCGCAGGCGGAGAGAAGUCCCUCGGGUUGCGCCGAGCUGCGGAUCCGCUUGACGGGGGCCACGGCGGAGGCGGAAGCGGCGGCUUGCGCGGAAGCGGGGAAGGGGGGAGGGAUAUUGGGCGGAGCGGAAGCAGGAACGAGCUCUCCGGAGGCCGGCGGGAGGGGGGAGAUCCGGAGGAGCGCGGACGGCAGGACGGCGAGAUGGGGAGGAACGGCGGAAUCAUGAACCGCCGGCUGAACUUGGGGGGCGCGGGGGUGAUGGCGGGCGGAAGCCUUGGGCGCAAAAUGGGGAGCGCAAUGCGCCGAUCGACAUCCGUUCAGGUGCAGAAUUUUUCCGCUUCGGGCAGCCGCGCGGGCAGCGGACGAAAAGACGCGUUCCACGAGGCGGUUGAGGAGAUGCUGGGAGAGAAGCGGGCAGGAGAAAAAGAUUCUGACGGGAGGCGUGGGGGGAGUAAGGAUCGGGAUUCGGACCGGGACAGGCAUAGGGAUAAUGGCGAUGAGCGGAAUUUCCGGUCGGAUGACGAUCGUGACCGUUCUUCUAACGAGCGGCGCAAUAGCGGGGAAUUUCGGCUGGAGAAGGAGUAUUCUUCGGAGCGGGAAGAGAAGGGUGGGAGGAGGAGUGGUGAGUAUGACAGAAGUUCUAAUAGCGGGGGCAGGAAUUUAUCUCAUUUAUCAAACUUAGCGGGUGGCGGAGGCAGCAACCCUAGCAGCGGAGAGUUUGAGAUUGGGGGAAGCAGGGGCAAGGGGGAAUCGGGGAGCGCGGGCGGAGCGGGGGGGGGACUUUCCAGGCUGGGAGCCGGGGGAGGGGGAGCGGGCGGAGACCCCUUCCGCGGACUGGGCGGAAACAGGGUGCCGAUCGGGGGAAGCGUGGGGCGGCGGAGCGGAAUGGGGCUUCUGCGGAGCGGAUCCCUGCAGCCCCGCAACUCGCGCAAGAUCGCGCGCGACUCCUUCUUUGGCGCGCUAGAAGAGGUGGACGAGGAGAAAGGCGUGGGAGGGAAAGGCGCGGGGAAGGGCGCGGGCGCGGGGGGGGAAGGCGCGGGGGGGGAGGGCGGGAGGGUUCCGCACUUGCUUUCCGCCGGUGGACAACCGCCUAUGAGCCCUCUUAGAAGCUCUCUCGGCCAGGAAGGAAAACAGGGCUUCGAGUUAUCUCAGUCCCACAGACGCGGCCAUUCCGUUUCGCUCCACGAUUCCUCCAGCGGCGGGGGGGGCGGCGGGGUGCUAGAAAAGGGCGGCGGCGCGUUGGCGGGGCUCCCCGUUGUGCCUCUAACGGGGGGAGCGGCAGUAGCGGGCGUUCCUGGGGUGGGGGGAGUGGUUCUCUCGGGAAAAUCGAGGCCGCUUUCCAGCCUUCGUAGAGCUUCGUCUCUCGUGCCUGUGGGCGCGAAGGAUAGGCCGGGGAGUGCGGGGGGGUUGAGAGGCGGGGGAGGCGGAGGGUUAGGGGGAGGCUUGGGGGGAGGCGGAGGGGGACGAGGUGGGGACUCGGAGGAUGCGUUUUCGUUCCAUGAUUUUGUGAAGGAGUUGAAAGCUAGUGGCGGUGGUGGUGGUGGCGCUGCUGGUGCUGACCUGGGUGGUGGUGGUGCCAAUAAGAAGAUAGAACAUGACCGCGCGCAGAGGGAGAGAGAGGGGUAUGGGGCACGGGAUGGGCACAGGGACGCGCAUGGCUUGAGGGAAGCAAGCAAGGAGAGGCACAGGGAUGAGCAUAGGGGGGAGGGGCAUAGGGAAGGGCAUAGGGAAGGGCACAGGGAAGGGCAUAGGGAAGGGCAUAAGGAAGGGCAUAAGGAGGGGCAUAAGGAGGGGCAUAGACCCACUCGUCCUCAUAGCAGUGCGGGCACGCACAGCCGAAGCAGCAGUCACAUUGGCACCACGUCUCACGGUGUCGAGGCUCUAGCUUCCGACUCUGACGCAGAGAAGGUGGAAGCAGUAAGCACCGUGCGCGCUUUGCUAAAAGCCAAUAAGGAGAACAAGGCGAAGCUGAUCGCAGCUGGUGGUAUACCACCCCUGGUGGCCUUCCUGCAGAGAAACAGCCCUGCAGGGAAAGACCAGGCCGUAACCGCUCUGCUGAAUCUCUCUCUAGUUGCAGGGGCGCCGGCUAUUAUAGCGUCUGUCGGGGGGAUUGCGGCUAUCACGGAUGUUCUUCGCUCGGGCAGCCCGGCUGCCCGGGAAAACGCGGCGGCUGCCCUUUUCGCGCUUUCGGUGGAUGAGGCGAAUCAGACGCUGGUUCGAGAAGCGGGAGCUAUCCUCCCAUUGGUCGGCGUGCUGCGUAUGGGCAGCACGCGCGGAAAGAAAGAUGCGGCGCUGGUACUUUUCAACCUAUCCAGAGACCCGCAAAGCCGGCUGGAAAUCGUCCGGGCAGACGCAGUAAAAGUUUUGCUCGGGCUGCUGGGGUGCUCGGAAGUCGGGCUGGAAGAAAAGGCCAUGGCUGUGCUGGCCAACCUGUGCAGGCUUCAGGAGGGGUGUGAAGCGGUGCUGAGGAUCAACGGUGCGGUUCCGGCGUUGGUUGCAGUGGUGGAGGGCGGUUCACAGAGAGCGAAGGAGGAUGCGGUGAUGACUCUGCUGAUGCUGGCCAAUAGCGAGCCGGAUUGCUGCAGGGGCAUGCAGGGGGAGGGCAUGAUGGAGGUGCUGCGCGAGUUGACUCGUAAUGGGUCUUCGAGGUGUAAGAGCAAGGCUAAAGCUCUAGUAGAGCUGCUGCAGAUGCAGGGGGAGGAGGAUUCUGAGUAG